UGCUCUUGUGUUCAGUUACAGGUACAGUUCUCAAAUUAUACUUGAGACCUCAAAAAGGUUUGAUGGCAUUAUGUGGAGGUGUCAUUUCAAGUAUAGAUCUAAUCUAGCUAGAUCUAAGCUUCGGCUAUUAAUAUUAAGCAUAACAUAGUAAGGUAGCAUAACAGUGGGAGGCUAGUGUGUAAAUAGUAAUGGCAAUAUCAGUAUAAAGAGCGUGGAUAGUGUACUGUAACUGUGUGAUUGCUGUGGCGCCAGGUCCCGCCCCCUCUGUUGUGUCCUCCAGUCUCGUCAGGUCGCUGGAGGAGGAGAAGGAGGACGGGUUACAGGAGCCCCUCCAGUCCUAAUACUGGAUUUACCGGACUACACCUGUCGCGAGCGCUGUGUUGUUGUGUCGUAAACGGAUGAUAACAGCGCUCAGACAGAGGCCGACCGGAGACCCAAACACAGGAGCGAGCCCUGUGUGUUUUUCUACCGAGGGUCGACAACAUUAGACAGACAGACGGCUGAAAGGGCCGGCUCUGCUCGGCUUGGCUCUCAUCCCCUGCUUUAUGUUUUGAAUAUUUGUUCCUGUACCUGAGGACAGAGGAGGAGACAACAAGCAGAAUUCCGGUGAAUGGUUUUAUCCGCAGUGCCUCAGCCAACCAGCCAACUGGGGAGCAGGAUGUCAAGGCAGCACUCGCAGCCGCAGCAGCAGCACCGGACGCCGUUAAAGCUCACCGACAACAUGGUGGAGGUCAAGAGCAAAUUUGAGGCAGAAUACCGUCGCUUUGCUCUAAAGAGAAAUGGCCCAGGUGGCUUCCAGGAGUUCUACAGCCUCCUCCAAACCAUCCAUCUGAUCCCUGGUGUCGACGUUCUGCUGGGAUACGCCGACGUUCAUGGAGACCUCCUUCCAAUCAACAAUGAUGACAACUUCCACAAAGCUAUCUCAUCAGCCAAUCCUCUGCUACGUAUUAUCAUAACCAAAAAAGAGGAUGAACCUGUAGUUUUUGCCACCGACUCCCUGCAGAGGCGUAAAAAAGGACUCGGUUUAACUGGACUGCGAACCACUGGCUCAGGCUCCACCCACUCAAAGAACAAACCGGGCCUUAUGAUUGGCCUGCCACAAAACUUCAGACAGAUCUCAUCUAUUAUUGAUGUGGACAUCCUACCUGAAACACACCGACGUGUACGACUCCACAAGCAUGGUACCCACAAACCACUGGGCUUUUAUAUCCGUGAUGGGGUGAGCGUGCGGGUGACACCACAAGGGGUGGAGAAGGUUCCAGGGGUGUUCAUAUCUCGUCUGGUACGUGGUGGGCUAGCAGAAAGCACAGGACUGCUAGGAGUUAAUGAUGAGAUUCUCGAGGUCAACGGCAUUGAUGUAGCAGGAAAAUCUUUGGAUCAGGUGACAGACAUGAUGGUGGCCAACAGUCACAACCUCAUUGUAACUGUCAAACCAGCUAACCAGAGGAACAAUGUGGUGCAUCGUGGGAGUAAAACCUCAAUGGGUAACUCUGGUUCUGUGGGUUCAGCUGGAUCUACGAGCUCCGCUCCAUCGCAUGACUCACCAAGUCCUGCUUCUCAAAGCAACCCCAUUACUGCAAGCAAUAGCAUUGCAGAGGGCGACAGUGAUGAUGAAGAUGACGAUGGCGAUGUCAUUCUGGAGAAUGACUACCUGACACCUUUCGACUCACAACAGGACACCAACAGCAACAACACUAACCUCAACAGAGACUCACCUAACAACAGGCCUCACAAUUCGAGGCCCCUCCCACAGAGUGUCUCAUUGCCCAAUAGCGUUGGUGCAACCCUGGGUGUCAGGUCCACGAUGAUGUCCAGUCAUAACGGAAACCCUGCCCACAUAUCUAGUAGCAGUCAAGAGAGCAUGAGGGAAGAUGGCAACAUAAUAACAUUGUAACCAUGACAUCGAGAGCUACAGUUACAGUGAGAACUGUGGAGUGUUACAACCACAAAGUGCUGUAACUAUGAUAAUAAGAGAUGGCUGUAGCAGCAUGUUUUCUUUUAAAGGUUCUUCCUGCGGUUUCUCUUUUUAGAGUGGACUUUUUGACAGGUUGGGAACACUGACAGCACUGUAGAGAUACAGGAUACAAAGUCCUGCUCUCUUCUUACACCUUGGAUCACGGCUUCACAAUCUACAGUCAACAAUGUCUUUUUAUAUGUCUGCAUCAUCUGGCUGGGGUAAUGCACAAAGCCAAAUUGUCAGGUUCUGUACCAAAAAAGUAUUUAUAUUCACCCCAGGGAAAUGAUUGAAAUGCCAUGAUGUAUAAACUGAUCAGUUUUUGCUUAUAGCAUUGGUCCUGUAAAAGCCAUACAUCAGUUUUAUGUCAACACAUUUAAGAAGUCAUCUCCAUUCCAAAAUUGCUUGUGAAGUACUACAAAAAUGCCCAGUGUCCAGUUUCACCAGUUAGAAACACCAACUGUGGAUAGCUGACUCAUUGACUACAAGAUAAUGAAAAAAAAAACAGU